AUGCUCUUUACGAUGAGGAGCUCUUUGUCGUUGGUGGCACUGCUAUCCGCAGGGGCAGCUAAUGCUACCUACACCAAUUCUACACCGACAUUCACUCCUCAAGCGAUGUUGAGUUCUCCUCGUCGAGGGUCGGCAAUCCCAAAUGCAGAUGGAACGCUUGCACUUUACACUGUGGCCACCUACUCAUUUGAGAAGCAUCACAAUUCUCAUGAGCUCCGUGUGAUGAACCUUGCGAAUGGUACAUCUUGGCUAUUCAGCAACUCUAGUGGCAUCAGCAAUGCCAAUUGGUUAGGCGAUGGAAGUAAGAUCAUUUGGUUCGUUUCGGAGGAGGAUGGAUCCACUAGUUUCGUCGUGGGAGACGCGACGGCACCAAGCGCAGAAGCCACCUCAGCAGGUUCUGUUCCUGGAGCAGUAGACAAUCUCAAGCUAACUAGCAUUGGUGAGGGAACUCUUGGUGUUGCAUUCAGUGGCCAAGCUUUACCCAAUGGUACUUUGUACAAUUCCGAACUCGCUCCUACACCCUAUUCGACCGGAAGAGCGUAUACCACCAUUUUCGUCAGGCAUUGGGAUACUUAUAUUACAUCCCAAAGAAACAGUAUUUGGUACGCGGCUUUGUCAACCACGGGCGGUAAUUAUACCCUCAGCGAACCAAUUAAUGUGUUGAAUGGAUCUGGACUCGAAUCGCCUGUCCCACCGUUUGGUGCUACAAACAGCUUUGACAUUGGUAGCAAAGGUUUAUCAUUCAUUGCGAAGGACAUUACUUUGAACCAAGCUACCACAACCAAAUCUGAUGUUUACUAUGUGCCAUUGACUACAUUUACCGAAACCUCUCCAGAAUUGAAAGUGGUUUCCACUCCCAAUCUCGAAGGUGCUUCAGACGCUGUAGUCUUUUCACCGUCUGGAUCUUCACUUGCUUUCAUUCGUAUGGCACAUAUCGCCUACGAAAGUGACAAGAACCGUGUUCUACAAGUAGCAGACGUCACUUCCGAUUUGACUGCAAUUGAGUUCUUUGCUUCAGAGGAUGGAAAGGGAGCUUGGGAUCGUAGCCCAAGUACACUCCUUUACAGUCAAGAUGGAGAAUCUAUUCACGCAGUAGCCGAAGAUUUUGCUAGAGUUAGACUUUUCACAUUUUCUUCGGAUCCUGCAAACACAACACUUCCAUCCAUUAUCUACAAAGAUGGUGGUGUAACAGAUCUUCACCCGCAAGGAAAAGACAAGUUACUUAUUAGCAGUUCAAGCUAUCUCGAUAACUCGGUCUUCUCAUCCGUUGACCCCAGCGUUUCAGCUGCCACUAAUGCAUCAUCUGGUGUCACCACCAUCUCAGCCAAUCUCAACAGCCUCAAGGCAUAUGGACUUUCCCGUGAUUCCAUCUCCGAUGUUUUCUACCAAGGCGACGGAGACUACCUCGUCCACGCAUGGGUCAUCAAGCCAAGUACAUUUGUUGAAGGCCAAAAAUACCCCCUAGCAUUCUACAUUCACGGUGGACCUCAGGGAGCAACUGAAGAUGUUUGGAGUACCCGUUGGAACAUGGCUGUGUUCGCCGAACAAGGCUAUGUCGUUGUAGCUUUCAACCCUACCGGUAGUACAGGGUUUGGUCAGAACCUCACCGAUGGAAUUCAAAACCAGUGGGGCGGUAGACCAUACCACGAUCUCGUCAAAGGUUGGGAAUACAUCGAAGAAAAUCUCUCAUUUGUCGACACCGAUCGAGCUAUCGCUUUGGGUGCCAGUUAUGGUGGAUACAUGGUGAACUGGAUUCAAGGCCAACCUCUUGGACGUAAGUUCAAGGCUUUGUUCACACACGAUGGAUGUUUCUCCACUCUUGCCCAAUAUUCCUCCGAGGAACUUUGGUUCAUGCAACAUGACUUCAACGGAACACUCUGGGAAAACUUCGACAACUACGCACGCUGGAAUCCAGCGAACCACACCGAUGCCUGGUCGACUCCUCAUCUCAUUAACCACAAUGAGUUAGAUUACCGUCUUCCAAUCGCGGAAGGUCUUGCGGCGUUCAAUGUACUCCAGGCAAAGGGUAUUGAGAGUAAAUUCUUGAGUUUCCCUGAUGAAAACCAUUGGGUUUUGAACCAGGAGAACAGUUUGGUGUGGCAUAAGACUGUGUUAGAUUGGUUGAAUGAACACGUAGGCUUACCUGUUUAUUCUAGCCCAAAUGAUACCGACUAUAGGGCCGUUUUGCAGAGUGGUCUUUGGAUUUGA